AAAGUAACCCCCGGCUGUUGCCAACUCACGGGACCGUGUGUGAAUGCCGUAACACUCCGGUGUUGUUUCGGGCGGAGGAAUCUCUGAUGGAUGAUAUUCCACAGGGAAGCGCACCUAUUUCGCGGACUUUGAGCAGUGUAAAAUGCCAUGGUAGGCCGAAUACACAGAGGACUCCUGGCUCAUUUCUCACUCGCCGGCGACUCUCGUCAUACUGCCAGGAGCGGCAUAAUGUAGGGGCCAGUCUACCUGGGCUCAGCUGAUCGAGCCAUCCCACUGGCCGAUAGCACCGGUGGGUGUGUCUGGAGGUACCUCAGUGUCUGGAGCUGGCCAAAGGGCUGAUUGUGCCUUGGCUGCGGAGGAAAGAGCGAGCAGACUCCACUUACCCUAGCCAAACGGAGGAGCGUCAGGAAAUAUUCUCCACUCUCUGGACUGGAUGGGAAGGAGGAGAAUCUUUGACCUUGGAAAAUGAAGAUGUUGUUGCCAUGGGAACUGUUAAUCCUUCUGUCACUCAAAGAGUGCCUGGCUGAGAAUACGCGCCAUGGUCCUGUCUUCACCCAGGAGCCGAGUGACAGUAUUUUCCCUCUGAGCACUGAUGAUAAGCAGGUGUUUAUUAAUUGCAAAGCAAAGGGAAACCCACCUCCGCAUUAUAGGUGGAAAAUAGACGGGGCUGAAAUCAACACAGAGUCAGAUCCAAACUACAGCCUUGUGGAGGGGAACCUGUUGAUUAAUAACCCUCAUGUCAUCAAUCAUGGAGGAGUGUAUCAGUGCAUCACCACCAACACAUUUGGCACCAUUGUCAGCAGGGAGGCAAAAGUCCAAUUUGCAUUUCUGCAGAACUUCAGCAGGAAGUCGAGGAACACGGUGUCAGUGAGAGAGGGUCAAGCUGUGGUUCUGCUCUGCGGCCCUCCACCCCAUUACGGAGAGAUCAAAUAUUCAUGGGUUUUCAACGGACAGCGAAGUUUCCUGAAACAGGACGCCCGUCGUUUUAUCUCUCAGAAGACGGGCAACUUGUACAUAGCCAAAGUUGAAGCCUCAGACGCGGGGAACUACACGUGUGCAGUGAGAAACAUGAUGACCAAUGCCACCGUGUUCAGCUCCCCAACCCCUGUGGUGGUGAGGAGGGACGCAGUGAUGGGUGAAUAUGAGCCAAAGAUUGAGGUUCAGUUUCCAGACACCCUUCAAGUCUCUAAAGGAUCAUCAGUGAAGCUGGAAUGCUUUGCCUUAGGAAACCCUGUGCCUUCCAUCUCAUGGAGAAGAGCUGAUGGAAACCCACUCCCUGGCAAGAUUAAAAUCAACCUCUCCAGUGGGGUUCUGGAAAUUCCAUAUUUUCGCCCGGAGGAUGCCGGCGUGUAUGAGUGUGUAGCCGAAAACAGCAGAGGACGAAAUGUUGCCAGAGGGCAACUUGUAUUCCACAAUGUUGAACAUCUGCACUGGGUCCAAACGCUGAAAGAUGCUCACAUGGCAAUUGAUGCGAAUCUGCAGUGGGAAUGUAAAGCCAUCGGUAAGCCUAGGCCUACAUACAAAUGGUUGAGGAAUGGUCAGCUCCUGACAGCAGAGAGGAUCCAUGUGGAAUCUGGUAGACUGACUAUAUCCAGGAUCAGUCUGUUGGACUCUGGGAUGUAUCAGUGUGUGGCAGAGAAUGAACAUGGAGCUGUUUAUGCCAGCGCUGAGCUCAAGGUUGUCGCCUCCCCACCGGACUUCACCCGGCGGCCCGUGAAGAAGUCCACAGUGAUCCAGAGGGGGGGCGAGGUGGUCUUGGAGUGUCGCCCCCACGCUUCCCCCCGGGCCACAAUCUCCUGGUGGAAAGGGGGCGAACUCCUGAAGGACAGCAAGAGGUACACGUGUCUGGCCAGAAACCAUUUUGGAACAUCCAGCAGCACGGGGACACUGGUGGUGAAAGAGCCUACCAAGAUUAUAGUCCCACCCUUGAGUUUGGAUGCUACUGUGGGGCAGAGCCUUGUGCUGCCAUGCGAGGUGUCCAGUGAUUCGUCCCUGAGUCCCAUCUUCAAGUGGUUUUUCAGUGGGAAAGCCAUUGAUUUCAGCAGGCAGGAACACUUUGAGAUGAUUGGAGGGGGAUUUGCAGGUGACCUGAUGGUGAGGAACAUUCAGCUAAAGCAUUCGGGGAAGUAUGUGUGUAUGGUGCACACUGAAGUUGACACUGUCUCAGCAGCAGCAGACUUAAUUGUCAGAGGACCUCCUGGUGCCCCGGAGGGCCUGGUGGUGAGUGAUAUUACUGACACCACUGUGCAACUGUCCUGGAGCUCUGGACCUGACCACCACAGUCCUGUUACCAUGUACAUGGUGCAGGCCAGGACCCCCUUCUCUAUAGGCUGGCAGACUGUGAGAACAGUUCCUGAUUCUGUGCCUGGACAGAUGAUGCAUGCAACAGUGAAAGAUUUGAACCCCUGGGUGGAUUAUGAAUUCAGGGUGGUGGCAAUCAACAGUGUUGGCGUUGGAGAACCCAGCACGCCAUCAAAACAGAUUCGAACCAAAGCAGCAGUUCCCAAGGUUGCACCAGUUAAUGUGAGUGGGGGCGGAGGAGCUCGAGGAGAACUUGUCAUCGUGUGGGAGCCAGUUCCAGAGGAACAGCAGAGCGGAGAGGACUUUGGCUAUGUCGUGGCUUUCCGCCCACUUGGCAGCACCACCUGGAUCCAGACGGUGCUGGCAUCACCUGAUGCAUCGAGGUAUAUUUACAGAAAUGAAAGCAUCGCACCCCUGUCCCGGUUUGAAGUUAAAGUGGGAGUUUACAACAGCAUAGGAGAGGGGCCGUUCAGCCGAGUCGUCAGAGUGUUCUCUGCAGAAGAAGAGCCCUCUGAGGCACCAUCAAGAGUUUGGGCCCGCGCUUUGUCAGCCUCUGAGAUCGAGGUGUACUGGGAACCAAUUCCCCCCGGGGCCAGCAGGGAGAAGAUCAUCGCAUAUGAGGUUCUCGUUUGGGAGAAGGGAUCUCUGCAGAGUGAAGCGGAGACAGUGAGGGUUAUCGACACCACGGCUCUGCUCUCUGGCUUGAAGGGCAGCACAGUCUAUCUGAUCUCAGUCAGAGCCCAAAACAGCGCUGGACUUGGACCCUGUAGCUCUGCUUUUAACAUCACCACCAAGAAACCACCUCCAAGUCAGCCUCCAGGGAAUAUUGAGUGGAACCUGACCAACUCGAAGAUCUUUCUGAAUUGGGAACAUGUCAAGGCGAUGGAAAAUGAGUCUGAGGUGACAGGAUACAAGGUUAUGUAUCGUCAGACCUGGCACGGUAGAACGACUAUACUGGAAACCAAUAAGACCAGUGUGGAGCUGCAAAUCCCCUCUGGAGAUGACUACCUCAUUGAGAUCAAAGCUCUGACCGAAGGGGGUGAUGGCACCAGUAGUGGGCCCAUCCGCAUACCAAAGAUGUCCAGUCUAAACUCAAACGGGUCUUUGAGUCCAGUUCCAAUGAAGAUUUGCUGUUUUAUUAUGUUUUUUGUAUUUUUUAUUUGUACUGGGUAGCUUCCUGUGGCUCUAUAUUAAGCUGUGGACAUUAGAAUGAAUACAGUUUAUGAUUCUCUUCUACGUGUCAUAUUUAAGGAAUAAGAAGCUAACUAGAGAGUUUCUCAACCCCUGGUUUGCAAACCAAAACUGGAUAAUGGGAGCGUUCUGACAGGUUGUCAAACGCCCA